AUGUCAUUAGGAAGCGAUGGAACGAUGGACGAUGAUGGCUCAUAUUCUAGUGCUUCAGAAAGCGAUGGUACAUCGACUUAUAGCGAUGAUGAUGGAAUAGUAGUAGAUCCACCUAUAAUCAAAAAUGAUCGUGGUUCUGGUCAUGAAAAUGAACCAGCUGAUUAUCAAGUACUGGAUGCUGAAAAAGUAGCCAUAGAAAUGAAUAAAAUCAUAGAUGAUGUUGCGACGGUUAUGCGUUUGUCUCCCACUGUUUGCAGAUUACUUUUACAUCACUAUAAGUGGAAUAAAGAAAGUUUACUAGAAAAGUUUUAUGAAAGUGUUGACAAGGAUGCUUUUUUUUUGGAAGCUAAUAUCAUUUCGCCAUUUAAAGUAGCGCGUCGUGGCGAACAAGGGCCUGCAGAUGUUCUUGAUACUUGUAUGAUCUGUUGCAGUCAUGGAAUAUUGACGGGAUUGCAAUGCAAUCACCGUUUUUGUUAUCCAUGCUGGGACUCGUAUUUAACCACUAAGAUUAUGGAAGAAGGCCGAGCACAUGUAGCUUGUCCACAGCACAGCUGUCCAAUCAUAGUUGAUGAUGAAAGAACGUUGACUCUUGUAAGAAGCGAAAAUGCAAAAAGACGAUAUCGUCGUUUGAUUAUUAAUAGUUUUGUGGAGUGUAAUCGUCUGUUGCGAUGGUGCCCUGCUGCGGAUUGUGGACGUGUUCUUGAGGUGGGACAGUCUGAAGCUCGUCCGGUCAAGUGCACAUGUGGAACAGUAUUUUGCUUUGCUUGUGGGCAUGAAUGGCAUGAGCCUGUUAGUUGUAGGCUCUUAAAACUUUGGAUUAAAAAGUGUAACGACGAUAGCGAAACUAGCAACUGGAUUUCAGCAAAUACUAAAGAAUGUCCUAAAUGUCAAGUAACUAUCGAGAAAGAUGGUGGCUGCAAUCAUAUGACGUGUAAGAAUAUAGCUUGUAAAAUGGAGUUUUGCUGGAUGUGUCUUGGUCCUUGGGAACCUCAUGGAAGCUCGUGGUAUUCAUGUAACCGAUUUGAUGAUACACUUGCAAAACAAGCACGUGAUGCACAAGAAAGAAGUCGCGCUGCUCUUCAGAGAUAUUUGCACUACUACAAUCGUUACAUGAACCAUCAGCAAAGCUUAAAAUUAGAGCAUAAACUCUAUUCUAUUGUCAAAUCAAAGAUGGAAGUCAUGCAGCAAGCAAAUAUGUCGUGGAUCGAAGUGCAGUUUCUACGUAAGGCAGUUGAUGUGCUCUCAGAAUGUCGUCGUACGCUAAUGUAUACAUAUGCUUUUGCGUUUUACUUACAAAAAGACAAUCAGUCAGCAAUUUUUGAAGAAAACCAGCGGGAUCUAGAGCACGCCACGGAGCAGUUAUCAGAGUUUUUGGAAAGAGAUUUGGACCAUGAAAAUCUUAUCAGCUUAAAACAAAAGGUACAAGAUAAGUAUCGUUAUGUCGAACAGCGACGUACAACGCUUUUAAAACAUUGUGCGGAAGGAGUGGAACAUGAUUUCUGGAGGUUCACUGCCUGA